AUGUCUGCCCCAGAAACCGCUACGAAAUUCGCACCUACUCAAUCUCCCUCCGUCCUCGGCGGACAAAUCGUCGGUCGCACGCCGCGUGAGGCUGCACCCCCCGCUGCCCUGAAGCUUCGUCUUGACCUUAACCUCGAGGUCGAGAUUGCCAUCCAGGCCAAGGUCAACGGCGACAUCACCUUGUCGCUCCUGCGCAUAAAGGAUGAUAUUGACGACGCCGAAUCCCGCGGUGUUCUGCCAAAUUUCGGACCCAAGCCUAAUCUAGCCAACUGGGUCGCGACGUCGACGUUCCAGCUACUACUUUUGUGUGACGGGCAUAUUCGAAGAAGAGCCAAGCCUUUGAGGACGCCAAUUGCGGAGGAGGCGUGGGGCAUAGGGGUGGUGCUCCCUUGGAGAUUGGGGGGAGGCUUGCUCGACAAGAUGACUGCCGCGUGUCGGACGACGAAUUGUGUGUUCGUGGAGCUUGUCGGAGCGAUCUUCUCGAUUUUGCGGGAGAGCAUAGACACUGCGAGCGGAUUCCGAGAUCCAGAAGCCCAGUCUAUUAGGAUGGCUGUUUCGAAGAGAAGGAUAUUUCGGGUCACACGUUCAUCAUCGAGUUAUUCCAUUUCGAUAGGCCCCUCCACCCUCAACGAUCUGCCUCUGAACUUGCUAUCUCUCGAUGGUGGUGGUAUACGCGGUCUAUCCGAACUCUUCAUCCUUGAUGAAAUCAUGAAGCGCAUACAGGUGCACAAAAACCUUCAGGAUACUCCCAAACCUUGCGAAUACUUUGAUCUCAUUGGCGGUACGAGUACUGGAGGGCUGAUCGCUAUCAUGUUGGGGAGGUUAAAAAUGUCCACCGCUGAGGCCCUUCAAUGCUAUAAAAAGCUCUUUAGCAUUGUGUUCAAUGCCGAGAACAGGAAGGCUUUCUACAGUAACGACAAGUUUAAGGCAACUGCACUAGAGAAAGAGAUGAAGAGAGUCAUUGUCCAGGCUGGGUACAGUGAAGAUCAGAAGCUGUUGGAUCCCGAUGCAGGAAGAAACUCGAAGGGAAAUGCUUUCGUGUGCGCCAUGACCGAAAUUAACCUUCGGUCUCCUCAACGUUUCCGUACGUAUCCAGGGCUUCCAAACCAAGGUCCAGACUGUAAGAUAUGGGAAGCAGCGCGCGCUACUACAGCGACGCCAACCCUCUUCAAGGCGAUUAAGAUUGGGCCUGGAAAUUUUGGUUCCAGAUACGUAGAUGCAAACCUGAGAUUUAACAAUCCCACGAAGGAAGUCAGAGACGAAGCCAAGGAACUUUUUGGAAGUAAUCGAUAUAUCGGUGUGCUUGUCAGUAUCGGGACGGGUCAUACUGGCCCCAGUGGGCUCCGGCAGCGCAAAGGAAUAGAAAAAUUUCUGCCAUUGAAGCUCAUUAGGGUCUUGCAGCAUAUCGCGACAGACUGUGAAAGUGUAGCGGACGAACUGGCCAAGGAAUAUGGUGGCGACGGUGCAUAUUUUAGGUUCAACGUUCUUCAUGGCACCGAAGGGAUUUACUUGGAUGAAUGGGAGAAAAUGAGCGAACUAUCGGCUCAUACGACCUCUUACUUAAGAGGUCAGGUUUCAACUCAGAUCGAUAGAUUUAUAGUUUGCCUCUUACAGAAGAAGACAGAGGACCUUGCCGUUCCACUCGUGGAUAGAUCUAGCAUAUUUCGGAUCGAAAAAGAACUUGUCAUUGGAGAUAAUUUCCGGAUCCAUUCCGGUGAACUCACCGAUGGUAAAGUUGUAAUUGUAAAAGUCUUCGAAGGGGAGCAUGCCGCACAGAACUGUAGAGCAACUGCUAAUCAAGAGUUUAAGGUGCUGAAUGUCCAGUUCCCCAGAACAGAUACCCUUUACAACGUGCAAGAAAGUGCCGCAUUAUUCAUUGCGAAUGCAAUUCCAUCUAGUGCUCAGGCAUGUUUCAUUGCGGGGGCGACUUUUUCAGCAUUGGAUUAUCUGUGCGCUUGCGAUAUCCCCUUUCACUGUAUUGGUGUUAAGGAUUUUGCGGUUUUCAUGAGCGGUACCAACACAGUCGCCCUGUCUUUCAAUGUUUGUCAAAAUUCGAGCUUGACAUCUUCACCAUCAAGCUUAAAUGAUACGGCAUUCGACAUUUUUGGUGGUUUAUGUUUCCAGGCAAGCAGCUUCUGGAGGUUUUUGAGUAGUACGUUCAACACCGCAAGCAAACUAUUGUACAAUGACCAUUUUGUUCACGAUAAUGAUGAUCCAGAACUAUCUGAUACUACCCAGGCCGAAAUAUCACCCAAUUUAGACAACAAUAAUUCAUCCUAUGCAACAGACGCUGAAACCUCUGUCAGCAGUUCACGGCCGCGCCGAGAGAUUAUAUGGAGGCGUCCAGUCACUCAAAGUGCUGGCAUCACCUUGAAAUCUGUGUCGCAGGAAUACAAAUUUGUUCUCGAAUCAUUGUCUAUUUCACCGUUCAAGCCAUUGAACCACAUAGUGCACACUGGCACCGGUGUCUAUCGAACGGUGCAUAGAUGCCAGGGAUAUCGACGAGAGGAGGUAACACUUAGGCCAGUACCCUUGGACAGUAAGGUCAUCAUGCGCGCAACACCUUCUCUCCAUGAGAAAUGCCUAAUUUGUGGAGAGGAUGUUGAAGAAGGGAUAUUCAGCUGUAAAUGUGGACUGCCUGACGAUAGAACCUCUCCUAAUGUCAAAUGUACCAAGUGCUCAGUCUGGGGACAUAGCCAUUGUAAUGAUGAAUUUAAUUACAUCUGCUGGAGAUGUGGUCAAAGACGGCAUUACCGAACAGAAUUAAACAACUUUAUACUACAAGCUGGAUGGGUAUUACAAUUCGAAGAUACUUUUGUAGGACCUCAACGAGGUGGUACAUGGACCUCGACCGCAUACGUCAAUGGCGUUGCGUAUGGGAAGGGAAUGGCUAGCAAAGUUGGUGAUGCCAGAGAGCAAGCAUCAUACGAAGUUCUUGUUCAUUUUGGAAGGGCCUAG